AUGGAAGAAUCGUUCGAAGUUGCCGUGAUGGACUAUCGGCAUCGAUCGCAGACCUCUUCGAGGCCCUGGCAGCAACCAGCUGCGAGCAUGCGUGGAGGAGGAGGCGUCAGGGAGGUCGUGCUCAGGUUGCGGGGAGGAGGGGUGGACAACAGGCGAUACUACGACAUUCUUGGGCUGGAGCAGGGAGAAGAUGAUGAAAACACGAUCAAGAAGGCGUACAAGAAGAUGGCGCUGAAAUGGCAUCCGGACCGAAACCCAAACAACAAGGCCAUGGCAGACAAGAAGUUCAAAGAGGUGUCCGAAGCUUAUGAAGUCUUGUCCAACAAGCAGAGCAAGGAAAUCUACGACAAGUAUGGGGAGCAGGUGCUGAAGCAGCAGAUGAAUGGAGAAGGGGCGGAGGCGGCCGGAGCAGCCGGAGGGAUGCCGGGAGGAGUACACUUCUCCUUCAGGUCGGUGGUGGUGGUGGUGGAGGAGCAGGCAGGGUUGGGGGGGUGA